GGGGGCGUGGAGCUCGACCACCCACGGUCGAGAUGGCUGCUGCCGCUUCGACCCCGGAGCCGUCCUCCGGAUGGGACUUCAAAUGUAACUUUGAAGUUGAUUAUGGGUCUGAGGAACAGGCAUCCAUUGUCUACAAAACAUUAGCCAUUGACAAGGAGUUGCAACCUGACAAGGUCAAGAGGGAGAUGACUGUUUCUGGUGGCAAGCUUUUCGUGCACUUUGAAGCGGUAGAGGCCCGGUUUCUGCGAGCAUCGUUCAGCGCAUUUGUAGAUCUUAUGGUGCUGGUGACCAAGCUCGUUGAAGAAUAUGGUGUGGCCGACUCUUGACGAACGACCAUGUGAUGCAGAACUUGCCAACAUUCAGAUUCUAGGUUUAUACCGACUGACUCUCCGUCGGUAUGAUGUGUUACGCCUACAGUCUGUCCAUCGCCGUUUUGGGGCUGUGGUGUGGUGUCUGUUUCUGUGAUUUGCUCUGUAAUUGUCAAGGCAUAACCUACGAAUGCUGAUAGCAAAAGCCUAUGACGCUGAAGCCCUACUUGUAGUGCCAAAUAUCGCUGCAUACUGAUAUGAAAAUCCAACAUUACCGUCAAAAGCAUAUGCAACACCUGAAAUCCAUGUUGCAUAAUGCAAAACCUGACAACUAUGCACUUA